ACAAUAACAUCAUUCCAGCAAAACAAAUUAACUGGAGAGUCCGAGGCAAAGAUAAAUACUCAGCUCUUUGUCUCUCCUCUCCCAUAUAUGUUGGCUAUGCUGGUCUAUCUCUAUUGAAAAAAGGACAAAAAAAAUAGAGCAAAGACUCGAUCUACGUAAAUAAAACCAGUUUUAUCUGGGAGGGUAUUUUAUAACUACAAAAACAUUAAAAAAAAAAAAAAGCAAAAAUGACGACAGCUCAAUCAAACAACUCCAAGAUCACAGUCUAUGUGGUAUCAUGUUGGAUCUUUGCUGCCUUUGGAGGGCUUAUGUUUGGUUACGAUAUUGGUAUUUCAGGUGGAGUAUCGGGUAUGGAUGAUUUCUUGAUAAAAUUCUUUCCAAAUGUAUAUGAAAGAAAGCUUCACGCAAAGGAGAACAACUAUUGUAAAUAUGAUGAUCAACUUCUCCAACUAUUCACAUCUUCCUUGUACCUAUCAGCUUUGGUUGCUAGCUUCUUUGCUUCCAAGGCCUGUUCAGCUUUGGGCCGUAGGCCCACCAUUUUCAUGGCUGCACUUUUUUUCAUUGCUGGGGCUAUUUUAAGCGCUGCCUCUGAACACAGAUGGAUGCUCAUUGUUGGUAGAAUUUUGUUUGGUGUUGGUGUUGGUUUUGGAAAUGAGACUGUUCCUUUGUUUUUGACAGAGGUAGCACCAAUCCAACUCAGAGGAGCUGUGAAUAUUAUGUUCCAACUUUUCGUAACCAUAGGAAUAUUCAUCGCGAAUCUUGUGAACUACGGAACAUCCACAAUGCACCCCAAUGGAUGGAGAUGGUCACUCGGCCUUGCAGCUGUUCCAGCGUUUCUUCUGCUCGUCGGUUGCUUCGUUAUCACUGAUACUCCAGCCAGUCUAAUCGAACGUGGCAAGGACGAGCAAGGCAAAGCUGCACUAAAGAAAGUCAGGGGAGUUGAUGAUGUUGAAGUUGAAUACAAGGAAAUAAUUGCUGCUCGUGAUGAAGCCAUGGCGGUGAAACAUCCGUUCAGGAAUCUCAUGAAAGCUGCCAGUGUUCCACCACUUGUUAUCGCUAUACUAUUGCAGGUCUUCCAGCAAUUUACUGGAAUUAACGCCAUUAUGUUCUACGCACCUGUCCUCUUCCAGACUAUGGGAUUCAAGUCCGAUGGUGCACUUUUGUCCGCUGUCAUAACUGGACUUGUUAAUGUUGGCUCCACCUUUGUUUCCAUCUAUGCCGUUGACAAGGUUGGAAGGAGAAAAUUGCUCCUCCAAGCUUGUUGCCAAAUGUUAAUCUCUCAGUUGGCAAUUGGAUCUAUUUUGGCAGUAAAUUUGAAGGAGACAGGAACAUUGGACAGGACACUAGCAGCAGUGGUGGUGGUUCUUGUGUGCACAUAUGUUAUGUCAUUUGCAUGGUCAUGGGGACCUCUAGGAUGGUUGAUUCCCAGUGAGACAUUCCCAAUGGAGACAAGAACUGCCGGUUUCGCAUUUGCCGUCAGCACAAACAUGCUCUUCACCUCACUUAUUGCUCAGGCAUUCUUGACAAUGCUCUGCAAAAUGCAAGCAUACAUUUUCUUCUUCUUCUCCGGUUGGAUCGUCGUUAUGGGACUGUUCGUUAUCUUCCUCUUGCCAGAAACUAAGGGAGUCCCUAUUGAUUCAAUGGUCGAUCAGGUCUGGAAGCAGCAUCCAGUGUGGAAGAAACUCUUCAAGAAUGAAUGAGUCAAAGGGUUACCAAAUGAAUUAAUUAUACAAUUUUCAAGGUCUAUUAUAUAAUAUGAUUAACAUGUGAUGUAUCCCUAUAUCCUAUACCCUCCUAUGUUUAAAUUGGUUUUGCAAGUAUUUGCUUCGUGAUUGAUUAGCGCGCAUAAGUUUCUGGCAACUAUUGCCUACAAACUAUCCUCCUAUCCUUUGUAAAUUUGUUCCCGAUUAUUCUCUAUGUAUCGGGGUUUAGUGCUCAAAUCAAGUCGAUUGGAUGAACUUUAUUUUUGGUUCAUCUGGUUACCUUUGAAGAGUGCUAGCUUCUAUGAUUUUUCCCUUUAUAAUAAUUCCAAGUAUUUGAUUUUGA